CUCUCCCGCCCCACCUCCUUCUCACUCUUUCGUUUGCUCCUCCACCUGGUCACCGCAGACUACCAAGCAACACCAUGACGUCCGUCCCUGAGGACUACAUCGACCAGGACUCCUUUUUCGGAGGAGAGCCGCCCCUCAGCGAGGCCGUGGGAUACGUCGUCGUGCUCAUUUUCGGGAUCUUCUUCUCCUUCUUCACGACCUUCCUCGUGUGGCUUGACCAAAAGUUCAAUGGCGUCAGCAUCACGUCUGAACAGUUCAACACCGCCGGUCGUAGCAUCAAGACCGGCCUCACGGCCUCCGUGAUCGUGUCCCAAUGGACCUGGGCCGCUACCCUCCUCCAGUCGUCCAACGUGGCCUUCAACUACGGCGUGUCCGGGCCGUUCUGGUACGCAUCUGGUGCCACCGUCCAGGUGCUGUUGUUCGGCAUCCUCGCCAUCGAGGUCAAGCGCAAAGCGCCCACCUGCCACACCUUCCUUGAAAUCAUCCAGGCCCGCUGGGGCGACACCGCGCACAAGGUGUUCCUGUUCUUUGCCCUCCUGACCAACAUCAUCGUGACCUCCAUGCUUUUACUCGGCGGCGCCGCCACCGUGAACGCGCUCACGGGGCUCGAUCUCAACCUGGCCUCCUUCCUCAUCCCGUGGGGCGUGAUCGCCUACACCAUGGCCGGCGGGCUCAAGGCCACCUUCCUCGCCUCGUACACCCACACCACAGUCCUCUUCGUGGCCCUCCUCAUCUUCGUGUUUGUCAUCUACAGCGGGGACGACAAAUACGUCGGCAGCCCGGGCAAAAUGUUCGACAAACUGCAGGCCCUCGUCAAGCUGGACGACUGCACAUACGGACCGGAGUCGGACCCGAUGAAGCACGUGCUGUACGCGUGCGGCCCCGUCGAAGGCAACGAGGAAGGUUCGUACCUCACCAUGCUCUCCCGCGAGGGCUUCAUCUUCGGUAUCAUCAACAUCGUCGGCAACUUCGGGACCGUGUUCGUCGACCAGUCGUACUGGCAGUCCGCCAUCGCCGCCAAGCCCCAGUCUUCCCACAAGGGCUACCUCCUCGGCGGCAUGUGCUGGUUCACCAUCCCCUUCGCGCUGGCCACCUCCCUGGGCCUGGCGGCGCUCGCCAUGCAGCUCCCGCUCACCGGCGACGAGGCCGGGUCGGGCCUUGUGCCUCCGGCCACCGCCCUGUUCGUGCUCGGAAAGGGCGGCGCGACCCUCAUCCUCAUCAUGCUCUUCAUGGCGGUGACCUCUACCGGCUCCGCCGAGCUGAUCGCGGUUUCCUCACUCAUCUCGUACGACGUGUACCGCGCGUACAUCAAAAAGGACGCCACGGGCGACGAGAUCCUCAAGGUGUCUCGCAUCACCGUGUUCGUGUUCGGUGCCCUCAUGGGCUUGCUUUCCAUCGUGCUGAACGAGAUGGGCCUCAACCUCGGCUGGGUGUACCUGUUUAUGGGCGUCGUCAUCGGCUCCGCCGUCGUGCCUGUCUCCAUGGUGCUCACCUGGAAAAAGGCCACCGCUAAGGGCGCCAUCGCGGGAGCCAUCCUCGGCCAGAUCUGCGCCAUCAUCGGCUGGCUCGUGUCGGCCCAGGCACUGGAGGGCGAGAUCACCAUCGACAGCACGGGGCAAAACUACCCCAUGCUGACCGGUAACCUGAUCGCGAUCUGCUUCAGCGGCAUCGUGUGCAUCGUCGUCUCCCUCGCCGACCCGGACGACUACGACUGGGAGUCGACCCGGAACAUCGCCAUGGUGGAGACCUACGACAACGCGUGGCACACGGAAGCGGACUACAACGACGUGGACCUCGCCAAGGCUAAGAACUGGAUCAUGAAGGUUGGCCUCUCGUUCACCGUCGUGAUCGUGAUCCUCUGGCCCGUGCUAUCCCUGCCCGCUGGCGUCUUCUCCGAGGGGUACUUCGACUUCUGGGUGGCGCUCUCCAUCCUUUGGGGCCUCGUCGCCACCCUUUUCGUCGUGUUCCUCCCCCUCAUCGAGUCCAAGGACGCGAUCGUCAACGUCUUCAAGGGCAUGUGUGGCCAGGCGCCCGCCGGCAAGACCGUCCAGGAGUCCUCGCAGCAGGCCCCUUCUGCUUGAGCGGCACAUCGACCCUGCGAGUCAGUCGUCCGCUCGAGUCGGCGCCGCCAGCAUUGUCUUGAUUCGACCCCAAGACUGUUUUGUUGCUGGUUGCAGAGCAAGCGCACCUUUUAAACAAAUACUUUCCAACGUGUGAUGACGGGGGACGACGGAAAGGAGACAAAAGGGUGCGCGAGUCUACUUGACGGCAUGACCUUUCUGGCCCUAGUUAUUUCCCUUUUUUUGUGUGUUUUUUGAUCGGUUGCACCAUUUCGGAUCCCGCUCAAUUCGCAGGGGCUAGCGCGCCUUCCUGGUGCUGCACCUGUGUGCAACUUUUUACGAGCCGUAAGCGUAGUUGGCGAGUGGCUAGCACUGCUCCUCUAGCGUCAAGUCGUCCCUUAACGUCGAAGUAUUACGGAACAAAGAGAUUUGUAACCGUGGCGUUGUCCGCGUUCUUCUGUGUCUUUUCCCUCCCCCUGCCAUGUUAAUUGAACAUGCCCGUAGGUCGGCCAUUUCGUUGCUGUGAUUAGCCAAGAGCUCGCGCGCGCGCGAGUGUAUGUUCGAUUAUUGCUCCUACGGGUUGGAGGGCUGUAGUUUAUUUUAGAUGUAAGUUGAGUCACAUUCGACAGGCACAAGUUUGAGUUGUCUGUUUUUUUGGGUCGGAUACUCCUCUCUCCGUUAACAUGUAGACGGGCGCAUCUCUCACGCUCCCGGUCUUGCCUCGUGGGUAGAGGGGUUGCAUUGAGUCUUUUUCGCGGUGCGGGUGUGUAUGCGGUACUCUGCUGUUGAGAUGGGAAGCGGCCCUGACCGCGUGUGUUGCUACGUAGUAGCGACCUUGGUCGGAUCACUUGAUGCAGCUCUGACGUCUCGGACGAUGGCUUGCCUCUUCUGGGCGUUGGUUACUACGAGUGCCGUCGUACGUGUUGAAUCGGUGACGUUGCGCCCCCUUCAGUAUAUUUCAGAAGAAGUUUACUGGUACAUUGUAAGUAAAAUAGGAGAUUCUCCGCCUUUUACCUACUCUUUCCAUUAAUGUAAGGGUUUGGAAUGGGAAUGGGAGACUUGUUCUAGAUCACAGGACUUGUGGAAUAUCAAUCACAAGACCGAGAAAUAAUCACAUGAAUAUCAAACAACCGAGAAAUGAUGACACGUGAUCAAUUCCCUUUGCCGAUGGGUUGGAUCCGGGGGAUACAUGUAACUGGCUGGUGGGGUCCAUCGACGGCGUUAGUACAUCGUCAGCGAUAUCUUGCGAGAAGGUUCAGUUGACGCCCGGCGGUAGCGCUGUCCCAUCACUGACGUCUGUCUCCUCAUUUAUCGAAAGUCCAUUGACACUUGCACG